CUUCUCAUUGAAUGGCAGCAGUUCAUCACAGCGGGCAUCGCACAUGGGGCAGCCACUGGAGAUGCAGGCCAAGCAGCCAGCAAUAUCACCAGAAACGCAGGUGAUGCCACACUGCAGGGCACACUCCACACCAACACAGAAAACAUGAAGGUCCUCGCAGUUUUCGCUUUCCUGUGCGUCGCCAUGCUGGCCUCUGCCACCAAGCCCGUGCCCACCACCCAGGAGACCGUCGAGAUGCUCGACACCUGGACUGAUUGCCUGACGUGUGUCGGCCUGGAAUGCGCCUUCACCUGCGGCUUCAGCUGUGCCAGUGGCGACAUCGUCGGCUGCAUCGCCUGCGUCACCGACUCCUGCUCUGGCUGCUGGGAUCGUUGCGACGAGCUCAAGACCAUGCACAACAAGUUCUACUGAAGUCCCUCUUGAUACCAUUUACAGCAAUUGACCAACAACAACAAAAAAUACAUCAACUUUAAACGAAAACAUGCUUGUUUUUAUUCUUUCGCUGCAAUAACUGCGCUUUUUGUGGAAAGGAAGAAAAAUGUAGAUUCCGUGAAUUCUUGAA